AUGUUGGGCUGUGGUUCGGUUUGCAGGUUCACCUCGGGCGGUCAGGCUUGGGACCUCUGCUUCCCGAAGCAGAAGUUCCAACUCCUCCUCGUCCUCCUCAGCCCCUGCUUCCAACAUCCCCUCUCUUUUGGGCUGCCUCCUCGCCGCCUUCCGCGCCUUCCCGCAUCAGCCUCUCUGCAGUCCUCGCGUAGGCGCUCGCACCAGUGCGGCGCCGAUUUGAGCCGCGUGUUCCUCCUCGUCGCCCUCUCCCGUUCCCACGCCGUCCGCCGCGGCUGCUGCCGCGUCCCACGCGGAUUCCCCGCGUGGCUCUUCCUCCACCCGCCCCCGCACGUUCGUUCUGACGCGCAGCGUCCGCCUCGUCCUCGCUUUGUCGGCGCGCUGGCGUCGGCUGCGGUAGUCUCGGGGGUGAUGGACCCAUCUGCUCGGCGGGAUCUGGAGCUGGAGGGCUCUGCGGAGAGCGCGCUGCCGGAGCCUGCGCCUGCCGGGCAUCGUCCGCGUGUCACUGCGCACCCCUCCGCGAGCGAGCCCGUCCGCCGCUUCGAACGGGUGCUAACUCUUCCCCAUCGGCCAGCCGCGCGCCCCACCUCGCCGGAGUAUUCGUGGGCCCCUGCCCGCGUUGCGUCAAACCGCCCAGACGGUCAGCCGCGGCAGGAGCGUGGGCGCUCGCCUCCGCAUCAGCCUCCUCGGCAGCCCUCUCCUCGCCGUCCAUCUCCUGAGCGUCGCGAAGCUCAUCAGCGCAGGGAGGGCGAUCAGAGAUCCCCUGCGCGUCCUCGUUCUCCUCGCCGCCCAUCUCCACGUGGUCGGGCAGGCCAGCGCUCACCCCGAGCGCGAUCCCCCGCGCAACGCUCUCCGCGGCGAUCUCCGGCGACGCGGGGGAGGGGGUCGCCUGGACGUCGUUGGGAUUCGGGCCGACGCGAGCAGUCCUCUACGCGUCCGCACUCGGCUGGUUCCGGAGGUCGGCGGGCCCGGCGGAAUGGCGGUGGGCGCGGCGGAAAUGGUGGCGGGCAGGAUCCUGCCCUCGAUCGUGCCACGAAUGCGUUUGCGGAAGUGGUGCGGCAGGCGCGGGCGAGUGGGGAGCCGACUCAUGUCCACAUAGAGGUGACCAACGGUCCUCCCUUCGCCGCGGACCCAGUCCAGGUGGCUCCUCUGCGCGCGCCGACGCUGCGCGAAUAUCUCCCCGCGCGGGAGGGGAGGGCUCAGUUCCGCACCCCUCGUCAGGUCCCAGGCUUCUCCGCGCCACGCUUCUCUGUUGGCCGGACUCCUGGCUGGCCGUCGGCGUUCCCGCGCGCAGCACCGACUGUACCUCCCCCCAGUCACGUGGGGAGAGACCCCAUGCUGACCAUGUGCCGGAUUCUGAAUCUGGCGGAGGCGUGCGAGGUUGUGGCGAACUUGCAGCUGGCGGUGUGUGGGGCCACGCGGAAUUUUCCGAGCAGUUACGGUCCAGGAUCCCGAGGGUCCUGCGUGUCUUUGGCAGAAUCGCUCGAGUCGCCGUUGGCACCAGUGUCGGAAGCGCCCGCCGGGGUAGCUCCCUUAGCGCGUACCUUCCCCCGCCACGUGGGGGAUCUUGUAGAGGCGGCUCGAGCCGGGACCCCUGUGGACACACUUCAGUCGUCGGCGCAUCUCCUCCUUGCGGUGUCGGCGUGCAUGCGCUCGAUGCUGGAGGUGGAGGGGGCGGAGCCGUACACGAUGUAG